AACAGCGCCCUCUGCCGGACGGGAGUGGUCUGCACACCCACCGUGAACCGUAAACACCGCUGUUCGGAUGUGAACCAGAAGCUGCUGCUUCACCGAUACGGACCUAUCAGUCCGGGACGUUUUUGCUUGUUUCAGCCGGGAGACGGAGCGACCCGGGCCGGUAUCUCGACUCUGUCGUGUGCGGGAUUUUGCUUGUUGUGAUUUUAGGAGAAUACGUUGAUCCCUGCAGUGCAGACACUUCCAUCACUUCAGUGUCACCAUGAACUCCUCAGUCAGCUUCGCUGCUCUUCUGACUCUGCUUGCUGGGGCAACGAUGGCCAGUCAAACUCCUGAGGCAGUGUUCCUGGAUAAGCAGCAGGCUUCCUCGCUGAUCUCCCGACAGAAGAGGAACGUCGGAACGCCGUCCUCCACUCUGGAGCAGGCUUGCAUGGAGAAAGUGUGCACUUAUGAUGAGGCCAGGAAGUAUUUCCAGGACUCCUACCGCACAGACAUCUUCUGGUCAGUCUACAUCGAUGGAGAUCAGUGUGCAGAGAACCCCUGUAAGAAUGGAGCCAUGUGUUCAGACAGCGUUGGAGGCUAUGACUGCGUCUGCAAAACGGGCUUCACCGGAGUCCACUGUGAAGAAGACCGGACUCUUUGCUCUCUGGAAAAGGACAAGGGCUGCUCUCAGUUCUGCAAACCGGGCUACACGUCCUACGAGUGUUCCUGUGCUCGUGGAUGGAAGCUCAGCCGUACGAACAAGGACAAGUGUGAACCUGCAGUCUCCAUGCCCUGUGGUCGGGUGAGAAGUCUGAGCCAGUGGGCGAGCAGACAGGCUAGCAACGCUGGCAACAACUUCCAAGGACUUACUUGUACUUCCACAGAGUGUCCUUGGCAGGCUCUGCUGAAGAGCUCAGAGUCUGCCGGUUUCUGUAGCGGAGUCAUCCUAAAGGAGAACCUGGUUCUGACCUCGGCUCAGUGCGCUAACAGAUACAGCUCAUUCCAGGUGGCUGUUGGCAAACGCAGCACCAACAGAGAAGAUGGUGAGCAGGUGCUGUAUGUAAAAAUAGUCCAUGUCCACCCUCGUUAUGUGGAAGGCCGUCCUGAAAACAACCUGGCUGUCAUCGAGCUCCGCGACCGCAUGACCUUUAAGAACACAGUCGUCGCUGCCUGUCUACCUGAAAGAGACUUUGCAGAGAGCAUCCUGAUGUCGGGAGAGCUCCCAGCUGUGAUCACCGGCUGGGCGAGGCCUGAGCAGAGCUCCAGUUUCCAGGGCCAGCUCACUCUUAACCACCUGGAGUACCGACAGCUGCCUCAGUGUGUGGAGACGUACCCCACGCUGAUGACCAACAAAAUGGGCUGCACCGCUCCACGGGCCAACGCUGACUGCAGCAUGAGCUCUGGCAGCCCACUGCUCACCCUGUACAGGGAGGUGUUCUUCCUCACCGGGGUGGUGACCCAGCCGGAGGGGGCUGUCUGCAGCGAGGGCUACAUCUUCCAAAAAGUGUCGCGCCACCUCAGCUGGCUGCAGACUCUCAUGGGGUCUCGUUAGACAGGGAAGCCACUCGGAGGCUUAGAUUUAAGAUAAUGCAGGUAAAUCAAUACAGAAAGUAGGAAUCUGAUGUACAGUUUAUUAUUUUCUGCUCAAAUCUGUCAUUAAUUCCUCAGUCUGUGCACUUCCUUAUUUAUCCACCAGGUGGCUCUGUGUUGCCAUCAACAAUAAAGCUCUUAUAAUGUGUGUGUACCAUUCAGACAAACCCUAUAAAUUAUUCAGCAUGUGUGUGUGUGAUGUAAACAUACCUUCUACCUUUCAAGUGGUGUUUUACCAUCUGUACUAGUCGAUGUGCACCUUCAGCGACUCCCAGUUAUCAUGAAUGUAAUAAACCAUUAAACCACA